AGCCCGCCUCGGAGCCGCCCGAGCCACCCCUCCGGUCUUUAGUUUACGAAUGGCAAUUUGACUUGCUCUGCUGCAUGUCUGGAGGCACCGAGGAAAGCGUGGAGACGCCCCGGAGAUUCGGGAAUCGCAGCUUGGAAAGCCAGCCAGCCAAACAAAUAAACAAAACCCACCCACCCUAACAAAUAUGAGGCUGCUGGAGAGGGCGAGGAAAGAAUGGUUCAUGGUCGGCAUAGUGGUGGCGAUCGGCGCCGCUAAGCUGGAGCCGUCGGUCGGAGUGAACGGGGGACCACUGAAGCCAGAGAUAACUGUGUCCUACAUUGCUGUCGCUACGAUCUUCUUUAACAGUGGACUGUCGUUAAAAACAGAGGAGCUGACCAGUGCACUGGUGCAUUUGAAGCUGCAUCUUUUCAUCCAGACCUUCACACUAGCCUUCUUCCCAGCAACAAUAUGGCUCUUUCUUCAGCUUCUAUCAGUCACGUCCAUCAAUGAAUGGCUUUUAAAAGGUUUGCAGACAGUAGGUUGCAUGCCUCCCCCCGUGUCUUCCGCUGUGAUUUUAACCAAGGCAGUUGGUGGAAAUGAGGCGGCUGCGAUAUUUAAUUCAGCAUUUGGGAGUUUUCUGGGCAUUGUUGUAACACCACUGCUACUGCUGCUUUUCCUUGGCUCGUCCUCUUCUGUGCCUUUCACAUCAAUUUUCUCUCAGCUUUUUAUGACGGUCGUGGUUCCGCUCGUUAUUGGACAGAUCGUCCGCAGAUUCAUCAAGGACUGGCUCGAAAGAAAGAAGCCCCCUUUCGGCGCCGUCAGCAGCAGUGUGCUCCUCAUGAUCAUCUACACCACCUUCUGCGACACCUUCUCCAACCCGCACAUCGACCUGGAUAAAUUCAGCCUCGUCCUCAUACUCUUCAUCAUAGUCUCCGUUCAACUGAGUUUCAUGCUUUUGACCUUCAUCUUUUCAACGCGGAAUAACUCGGGUUUCACACCAGCGGACACAGUGGCUAUCAUCUUCUGCUCCACACACAAGUCCCUCACGUUGGGAAUUCCAAUGCUGAAGAUAGUGUUUGCAGGCCACGAGCAUCUCUCAUUAAUAUCUGUGCCCUUGCUCAUCUACCACCCAGCCCAGAUCCUGCUGGGAAGUGUGCUAGUGCCAACAAUAAAGUCGUGGAUGGUGUCAAGGCAGAAGGGAGUGAAGUUGACAAGGCCGACAGUCUGACCCAGGAGGCGCCGUCCUGAAGACCGCGGUGUAUAUAUGUACAGGGCUGUACACACAGGCCAUUCUGAACCCUUGUCCAUGUGAAUGUUGCUUUGAUGCCUAUUUUAUUUUUUUACAGAAAAAAUAUGGUAUACCUGUUUAAGUGCCUUAAAAUGUUUUUGAUACGAUCAUUGUUUUCAAAACAUAUUCUGCUGGUGACUGCCAAGGGUGAACAGUAUUUUGGAUUAUUUUUUUUUUCUUAAUGCAGAAAAAAGUUGUAGUAAGGGGACAAAAAGCUAACAGGUUUUCUUUGCGCUGCCUUUUGUGUAGCUCUCUGUGAUAGUUACUGUAGCAUUUGAAAUGAGGUCACGCCGUCCUGAAACCAUCCGCUGGGUGACAGGGACAGAUUCCCAAGUCUCUUUUGCACACUUUGACUCACUGUGUGGUUCUUUGUUCCUGCAUCUGUGACACGCUUCUUCCUUAUCCACUCAGCAGGGGUCAGAUCACACGCAGUUGGGAAGCAUAAGGUGCCUCAUUCCUUGGCAUCAUCUCAUUUUCUCGGCAUCCUUUCAAUUAGUCCCCGCCCACUCCGGAAGCUCUUGAGUCCCAUCACAAGGGUGUGGGGAAAUAGCUUAAAUUUACUAUGAGCUGCUUCAAAAGAAGGCCUGAUGUGAGUCCUGAGGUAAACACGGAGUGUGGCGAGGUUCUCAAUCCGAUCAGCACACUUUUCCUCUCUUCCACAACCCCUUUGUCUCACAUUCCACACCUGCACACUCACACACGAACGUCAAUCAGAUGGAGAAUCGCAGCAGUUAACAGUGGGUUGUGUUCACAUUCCACAGCUAGGACCAAGCACUUUUCCUGCUACACACCUCCAGAUUGCUCCUGUUGGCGAGCCGCAGCCUGUUCCACCCUUUCAUCCCGUGCACUGAAGACAUCGGAGACAAUUUAUGAAUGAGAGUGUCCUUCACUUGCUCGACAGGUGUUGGCAACGUCUCCUAAGACAUCAAAUCAUUGCCCUUAGGUGUCAAAGGAAACAUAAGGUCAUGGGCGUGAGCAAAUGUUACAUGUCCUCAGGUGGAAAGAGGGUCCAGCACAGAAGGCGCAAGACCGUUCAUUAACCAAGUUAUCAAACAGAACUAGUCCUGGAACUGGGCGUGAGCUUUCAGAAGAGGGUCUGAUUCUGCCUUCAGUGGCCAGAAGACCUGAAGCUGGACCCAAGUGAAAAUAAAGCCAUGCACUGGAUGGCGGGAGCGCCUUGCCUGUGUUUCCUUAAUGCUUCAUUGACCUAACAGACAAAUUGGGAUCAUGGGUCUCACCAAGGCCCUGCUGUCUGCUAAGCGGCUGCCUUUCUUGUUGGUAGUGGCGGCUGUAGCUGGGCCUGUCGGUGGGGCUAGUUUACGUCAUGGUUAGCAUGGUCAGCGCCGUAUGUCGGGACCUCCUAACUCGCACCAGAGCUCCACCCCUGUGCCGGGCCUCGCGAAGACCCUCGCCGAACCGGCUGUGAGGACACUGCUGGGAGGAGCUGGCAGUGACUCCGCUUACGUGGAACAGAAAGGUGUUCGAGUCUGGUCCCUACAGCUUCCUGUCUGUCUGCCAUGUCAUGUGAACACUGGUGUCCCCUGCAACCUCUCUACCUCUAUCCCUGCAGUAGGCGUGGCUGUGGGAUAAAGUUCAGCUGAAAAUGCUAGGAGAACAUUUUGUCUUCUGCUUUAAAAAUGUGUUUUGUCUUCUAGUAAUCUGAUUUAUGUCCUGAGUUUUUGUGGCUUUAGUAACAUGUCUGUGGCUACUUCACUUUUUACAAACUGGAUAACACAUUUUUUUCAUGGUGAACAAAAAAUAGAAUCAAAAUUUAUUUUAAUUUGUGCUCAUUAGGAUUUAAUUAGCAGCUUAAAUAUUUUCCUAUGUUUAUGCACUGUCACUCUCUGUCCAAAUGUAUUUAUAAAGGAAUACAUUAGAUUAUAUUUAUGUUUACUCAUUUUUCCACCUGGAAUUUUUUGACAGCUGAAAUGUUAAAGAAUGGUAGUGCGGUCUCUACACGCGUUCCAGGUUUUAGGAUUUUAUGGAUUUUUAAAGUCCUUCCCUUUUCUGUUUUUAACUGACACAUCUCUGGUUGACACUCAGUGUCUAUGCUAAAUACCAAAUUUUUUCAAGGAGAUGGUUGAGUAAUGAAGUGGGUUAUUUAUAAUA